CUUAGUUCUACUUUCAGCCCACUUCGUCCUCUGCGUCACUCUCUCGAUACCUACCUGUACUUGACAAUCACGCCUCACGUCUGCACUCCCCCCACCAAAGAAUCAGUUCAGACGCACGUUCUUGGAGCUAUGCCGAAGACCGAAAAUACCAAAAAGGCUGCGGGAAACGCGAAAAAGGCCGAGGCAGCGGCGGCAAAACAAGCAGCGGAAGAUCAGAAGAGGGCUGCGGCAGAGUCAAAGGAAUGGAGCAAAGGCGCAAAGGACAAUAGCAAGGCAGCAGCAGCAGCCGAGAAGCAAGCAGAAGCGGCUCGCAAGAAGGCUGAGAAGGAAGCCCUUUUGAAGGAGGAGGAGGCUUCGCUUCCAAGCAAGCCGAGCAAGGGCAAAGUGGCGCCCAAAAAGUCCAAGGGAUUGGAUCUCUCCGGCCUCGAUGCGCCCUCGUCCAAGAAGGAACUGGCGGCGCUUAAUGCAACCGGUAUCGAUAACGCCCUCGACGCGCUCUCGCUCACGACGGACAACAAGGAAAAGAUCGACCGCCACCCCGAGCGCAGAUUCAAGGCUGCUUAUACACAGUUUGAGGAGCGGCGACUGGAGGAGCUGAAGGAUGAGAAGGGCCUCCGACGACAGCAGAAGAUUGACCAGAUACGGAAGGAGUUCGAGAAGCACCCGGACAAUCCUUUCAACCAAGUUGCGGCGAGCUACAACAUGUCGAAGGAAGAGAUUGCCGAGCUGCGCGAGCAACAGAAGAAGGCAAAGGAGAACCUACUGACUGGAUCAUGAGAGCUUGUUUCUUGUUUCUGGCAGAUAUCAUCACGGCCAGCGAAGGAGGAAGGUCUCCAGCCCGAUGUGUUCAUUCACCUGGGCUUGCGGGAGUUGGCUCCUCUGAGAGCCGCGUGUGGGCCCAUUCGCGCUCCGCGACGGUGGUCAAUGAACGAGCCCGGGCCUUUUUGCAAGCAAUUUCGGGCUCAGAGCUGGUGAAGGAACGGCAAGGCUGUUGAUUGGGACAGUCUCCAUGCUGCUCCGCUGGUGCAGUCGAGAAAGUUACAUACCUUAUUCAAGCGUGUGUAACAAUGGCGUGCAGGUUUUCCACGUGCGCUCCGGCUACAAUUUUCACCCUUGUCCAGCUCCAUCUUCACCCCCCAUACGCAAACACAUCGAGCAUGUGUUUUUUGCACCACUUUCUCGUCGAGGAGUAGGACAGUCAGUCAUCCAACAUUACCCAAGGUAUAUAGCCUACAC